GACCAAAUAAAUAUACCAAUGCAUCCGAUGCAGCACCCCGAAGAAUGUAGUCGUAAGCAGACACAGCGACCAUCCUCAUGGACCACCCACCGAUCAUCCCCCAACGGGGCCCCCAGGUGCCCCUGCUGCGUCAGAUGCUUAACGGGCUGGGCUGUCUGCUGGUGCUGCCACUGUACUACUACCUCACCGCCGCCACCCGCCAUCCGCUCACCUUAGACCUGUUACUCACCAUCCUCGCCGCCGAAUACAACCGCUUCACCAACGAGCGGCGGCGGCGCCGCGUCUACCAGCCCGCUGCCGCUGCCGCUGCCGCUGCCGCCGAUCCCGAGAAGCCGCGGGUGGUGGACGCGCACGGCGGGCCGGACUGCAUGGCCGCGGUGGUGGGCUACCGCGAGGACCCGGGGCUGUUUGCGCGCGCGCUGAACAGCUACCGCGCGGCGGAGGGGUGUCGCUUCAUGCUGGUGGGGAUCGACGGCGACGAGGAGGCGGAUAUGGAGAUGGUGCGGGUGUUUCAGAACAUCUACCCUGACGCUCCCACCAUCCACCUCGACACACCCCUAGGCGAUCUCGCCACACGCACCUUCGACAAACUGGCCACGGCCGACCUGCACGCCUCCCCGGAAGAAAGCUACCAACUCGCGAGCAUCGCGCACUGCUGCGACCUGGCGCGCGAGAUCCUGGGAGAACACAACCUCCUCUCCGGCACGGGCCCGCAGCAAGUAUGCAUCUACCAGCCGCACCACAGCAAGAAAGCGAUUAUGUUCACGGCCUUCAUCUUCAGCCUGGUGCUGGCGGACGCGCGCGGGAUCGAGUACCUGUGGUCGUCGGACUCGGACACCCUGGUGUACGCGGACUCGCUGCGGCGGACCGUCGCGACCAUCGCGGGCGACCCCGCCGUGGGCGGGGCUAGUUCGGGCCUGCUGGUGCACAACGCGGGGGAUUCGGUCGUGGCGCAGCUGGGCAGGAUCGUGUACUGGUGCGAGCUGUACCUGACGCGGUCGGUGGCCACGGCGGCCGGCACGAGCGACUGCCAGAGCGGGCCGAGCUCGGCGUUUCGCGUGACGGCGUUGCCGGGGAUUCUGUAUCCGUGGUAUACGCAGGAGGUUUGGGGGCAUCGGAUGAUCGUCAACGAAGACCGCCACCUAACGACCAACCUCCUCCUCCGCGGCUGGACCGUCACCUACGUAUCCGACACACUAACCGCAACCGACACACCAACGAACCUCCGUAAAUGGAUUCUGCAGCAGGUCCGCUGGUCCCGCUCCGGCCACAUCGAAUCCCUGCAAUCACCAACCCUCUACCUCCUAACCUCCCCAUUAUUCUUCUGGGCCGCCAUAAAACGCGAAGCGGGGCCCCUCCUCGGGCUAGGCUACAUCCUCUACUACCUCUGCACCGGCGCAAGCCUCGCCUACUUCUCGUGGACGGAUCUAGUCGUCCGCCUCGUCUACACCAUCCUGUACAAUAUCCUCCGGAACCCGGAUCGCAGCGUCAGGAAGGUAGUCCUGUGGGUGGGUCUACUCCCGGCGCUACUGUUCUAUAAUAUCCCGUUGCCGAUCGUGCAUUUCUGGAGCGCGGUGACCGUGCUGGAGGAUGGGUGGGGGACGAGUAUGCGCUCUAAGGAGGCGGGGGUCGUGCCGGAUCGGUGGAAGGAGCUGGGGUUCUUUGUCGUGUACAUGGGGAUUGUGGCGGGCGUGGUGGCCAGAAUCCUGGCGGGACAUCUCGGGUAUGCGGUGUUGCAGACGGAGCGGGCGGUUUGGGGGGCGGUGAUUGUUGGGUUCGGGGCCGCGUUUUGGGGGUUGGUGGUGCGGGAGUAG